CUGUGAAACGUACAUAAAACUGGGAUUUGUCAUUUUUUUUGCGUUGACAGCAGAAGAAUAGACGCAAAUCGUUUUUAGGAAAUUUUAUCAUUUUCUCCCCGUGGUACUUAAGAUAGAGGAGUUUGUGUACAUUUUUUAGGAGUAUCCGCCGUAGAAAUAAGCACCUAGGAACCUACAAUGACUGACUACAGCGAUCUAGAUCGACAAAUAGAACAACUGAAGCGAUGCGAGAUCAUAAAGGAAAACGAAGUGAAGGCCCUCUGCGCAAAGGCACGAGAGAUUCUCGUCGAGGAGGGCAAUGUCCAGCGUGUGGACUCACCAGUAACAGUUUGUGGUGACAUCCACGGGCAAUUCUAUGACCUGAAGGAGCUAUUCAAGGUUGGCGGAGACGUCCCUGAGACAAACUACCUGUUUAUGGGCGAUUUUGUUGAUCGGGGCUACUACAGCGUGGAAACCUUUCUGCUGUUGCUCGCCCUGAAAGUUCGCUACCCCGACCGAAUAACCCUCAUCCGUGGGAAUCACGAAUCCCGGCAGAUCACACAGGUUUACGGCUUCUAUGAUGAGUGUAUGCGCAAGUAUGGGUCAGUUACCGUCUGGCGCUACUGCACGGAGAUUUUUGACUAUCUCAGCCUCUCGGCCAUCAUUGACGGCAAGAUUUUCUGCGUACACGGCGGUCUUAGCCCUUCCAUUCAGUAUCUGGAUCAGAUUCGUUCUAUCGAUCGGAAACAGGAGGUUCCCCACGAUGGCCCCAUGUGUGAUCUCCUCUGGAGUGAUCCCGAAGACACACAGGGAUGGGGUGUAUCACCGCGUGGAGCUGGAUAUCUCUUUGGUAGCGACGUCGUUGCACAAUUCAACACCGCCAAUGAUAUCGACAUGAUCUGCAGAGCACACCAGCUGGUCAUGGAGGGCUACAAGUGGCACUUCAAUGAAACCGUUCUCACCGUGUGGUCUGCUCCCAACUACUGCUAUCGUUGCGGUAAUGUAGCAGCAAUUCUGGAACUAAACGAGCACCUACAGAGAGACUUUACCAUUUUUGAGGCAGCCCCGCAAGAAAGUCGAGGCAUUCCGUCGAAAAAACCACAGGCAGAUUACUUCCUGUAACGCUCCCCACUUCGCCCCAAAUUCAUCUCAGUCGUCCCGCGGAUCCGGCCACGGAGCCCCCAUACAGACGCUGUGGCACAUCAUCCCCCCCUUCAUGGGCACCGAAGAGAUCCCAUAGCAUUUUUUUAUCCAUUGAUUUCUAUGUAUUUACGCGGAAUAAUCACAUGAGCGAGCAAAAGAAAAAAUUGAAUAAUAAAAUAAAUUAGAGACAGAA